GUCUUAUCAUGUGUUUAACUCAGAGGCUUGGCUGAACGGUGAUUUUUUUUUUUUCUACACGGCUCCUACACUUACAUUACUAUAUUUUUGGUAGAUUGAGUUGUUGGAGGAGACGUUUUUCAGUCAGCCCCCGUAGGGCGGGAGUUUGGUUUUAUCCUGAAGGGAUAUAUUACGGUAAAUUUAGCUAGCAUUGCUAGCUAGCUGUCAGAGAAGAGUGAAGGGGGCGGUAGAGACGAUGGCUCGGGAGAUGAUUGACAGUGUUUCCUCUGUGGAGCUGCAGAGGAAGGAUGGCAGCAAACUGUGAGAAAACGAACCUGUAGCAAAAAUACCUAAGGGAGAUAUCAACCUAGACUUUUUCUGGGUGCUCAUAGGACCUUGUGAUUUAUAAUUUUGUGAAGAACAAGGAUUGUGGUUUUUUUGUCACCUGUCACUUGAACUGUAAUGUUGACAGGAUGUUUCUCAUGGUGUGGAGACGAUUACAGCAGCUCUGACAUGCGUUAACCAUAACUAAAUGUGGAACAGACAUGUGAAGGUUAAGUGGUCUUCUGAUCUUCAUCAGGCGUCAUCAGAAACACUAAGCCCCGUUUCUCUGCCAGCAUGGACUCUGAAAACGACGUGCUGAUGAAGGAAUACGUCAAGAUGAUGACUGACAUGAUCGUGCUGUGUGCCACCCUGGCACUCUCCCUCUUCUUCUGGAUCCUGUCCCUCACUAUCAGCACUUACUAUGGUACACUCCAGCCCGUGUCUCCAUGGCGUUGGUUGUUCUCCAUCCUGAUUCCUCUGGUGCUGACGCUCAGAGCGCUGAAGAGGCACAGCCUGGAUAAAUCUGGAGCCCUGGGAGCUCUCCUGGUGGGAUUUGUGCUGACGAUGGCGAACUUCAGCUUCUUCUCAGCCCUGCUGACAUUCUUCAUCACCUCGUCCAGGCUCACCCGCUGGGGAGGAGCGCAGAAGAAGAAGAUAGACGCCGACUACAAAGAAGGCGGCCAGAGGAACUGGGUUCAGGUCUUCUGUAACGGAGGAGUCCCCACAGAGCUGGCGCUGCUCUACAUGAUUGAGGUGGGUCCAGGUGAGAUGCCCAUAGACUUCAGUAAACAGUACUCGGCCUCCUGGAUGUGUCUGUCUCUGCUGGGAGCGCUCGCCUGCAGCGCUGGAGACACCUGGGCGUCAGAGGUGGGGCCUGUUCUCAGCCAAUCACAGCCCAGACUGAUCACAACCUGGGAGGAAGUCCCAGCAGGAACAAACGGCGGAGUGACUCCUGUCGGACUGGCCGCCAGCUUCCUUGGCGGUCUCUCGGUGGGCGCAGCGUACUUCAUGACGCAGUUGUUGUUCAUCAACGACCUCCACCUGGUCGACCCGCAGUGGCCGAUCGUGAUGUAUGGAGGCGUGGCCGGGCUGUUGGGAUCCAUGCUGGACUCUUUCCUGGGAGCUCACAUGCAGUACUCGGGCUUUGACUCCAGCAUUGGGAAGGUGGUGGGUUACGAGUCGGCCACGACUCGGCGGAUCUGCGGGAAGCCAAUCUUAGACAACAACGCGGUGAACCUGUUCUCCUCGGUCCUCAUCGCGCUUAUCCUGCCGGGGCUGGCGUGGGGGAUGUGGCCACGAUAGACUCUUGAAACCACACAGAGAAGGAAGACUUCCUUCAAGUUGUCUGCUGACUUUUUAGUCAGAGAAGAAUCACAGUUAAUAAAAUACAAACAGAUCUGAGUGUGAUUAAGAGUUUCUGAGGAGGAAAAAAGGUGAGAACUCUGUUUAACUACUGCUUGCACAAAUUUAUCUGCAAUCAUGGUACUAAAACAUCAAAUGGACACUUUUUCUGGUGAACUAGUUUUAGUUAUUUAAACACAAAUGAGCCAUGUAAGAGUUUUACAACAAGAGAACACAUCCAGCUAUAAAAUCAAGGGCUAAGAGCUUACAGCUUACACCACUACGGCACGGGUCAUUCCUGCAGUGUUUACAGCCCAGUUUAGACCAAAGAUUUGUGAUGCAAUGGGACAGUCUGCAGGGGGCGUUUGCUGCUUGUAUCAGGCCUGCUGACACCAUUUCCUGCAUUGAAUUUGUCAAAUCAGCAUUGUAGGAGCAGCCAAUCACCCCCUCAUGCAUGUGCCCAUACAUUCUUUUACUCUGUUUUAUAAUAAUGGUUGAAUUUAAACACGUUUACUUCCUUUUUCUUGCAACUGUGUUUCUUUUCCCAUGAAAUUGAGGUUACUUUACAAGUCUAAAAAAUUUAGAAAAAAUUGAAUGCAAUCAUGGGAAAAUGGGUCUCUUUAUUUCAGUCAUUAACUUGUUUCACCCAAAAUCCAAGUUUCAGCAUUGUUCGUUAAAUUCCCAUGCAUUUCUGGAUUUUUUAAUUUAAAUUUGGGUUGUGAUUUGUCAUUGAGGAAACUGGUGGGUCCUGAGGCUAGAACCAGCGUUUUAAACAACCAAACGGCUCCAGGAAUAACUGGCUAAAGUUAGGAUUUCUCCGCUCAUGGAUUAAAUUGGUGCAAGCUUUCUGGGUAUUCUGUUGAACCACCCAUCGAUGGCUCCCCAGUCUGGAUCCUCUUGUUUUUUUUAUAUUUGCUGACAAAAGUAGAAUUGCAACCAUGAACCGUGAUGAGAAACUCACAGUCACUGUCCUCAUUCAUAUCAUAUUUGUAGCAACAAGUUAUGCAGCUACAAAACAGGCAUGAAAAAGGAAGUGGAAGAUGAACAGAGAGUUGCUGCUCUUGCAUCAGUGCAUCACCUCCUCCAGUUGCAGGGGUGUGAACUGUAUGUUGCAGAGCAGCUUGGUGCAUGUUUAUAUAAACGUUACACAUCUUUGGUCUAAACUGGGCUUAACAUGCACAAACAGAAAUUUUAAAUGAAAGACUCGCUGAAAGUGUACAGAUGGAGACUGGAUCUGUAGAAGGAUUUAAUGUUGAUGGAAUGAUUUCAGGCUUACGUGGGAAUUUAUCAAGGUCAACAGCGUUAUCAUAUCAGUGUUUUAACCUGUCGCACAACUUGCCAGCUUCAGGGCAAGCUGUUAAAAUAAAGAGCAACAAGAUGAAAAGCACUGCCAGCUGCUGAGGAGACCUUCUUGGAAGUUUGGAUAGAAUGAUUCUCCAUGUUGGCUUUUUUAAGCUGUGUGUUCUCAAUGCAACAUGUUGGAGUUGUGAUUAUGCAGUCAUGCAGACUCUACAAACUACUUUUUUUAGCUGAUUUCAGAGCAGUUUGAGUCCACUUUUUAUACUGAUAACACUUAACAUAGAGUGAUUGUAGCCCUCAGGACCCACUGAUUUAUUUAUGAGAUUUUUUGCAGACUUCAGUGAAUAUUUCAUCCUUGUAAGGGCUCUUUGCUCUGAAAAAUAAUUGUUUCCUUCAUGAACAAACCAAGGCACAUGUGAAGGUUUCCUCAAAAGCAGAAUGCUUCAUUUGUACUUCACAAUAUUGAAAGCAGCCAGCGUUCUUCCCCAGCAUAGAUCUUUUGUUUGCAACUGUUGGCUGCUUUGAAUAUGUAAAGACUGCAUUUACAUGUUAGUGAUAUUUUUGCCAACUUUCUCCCCUUCGUUUUGCAGCCUUCAGCGUGGACCACAUGUUAAACAUCUUUGUAUUGGUCUGUUACUAUGGUUGGCUCUGCUGCCUCUGGAUGGCUACUUACGUGUGUAUGAUGACAGCCAUUCAUACAUGUUCUGUGAUGACAGUCUGACUCUUGCAGGGUUGAUUCUGCACUAAUGAACCCCGUGUUUGAGGUUUGUCAAUCUAAAUGCACCCAUGUGGAAGUAAAAAACCUAAACAGGUUCCUAGAUUUGCAGUCUAAGGUAGAUCUAAACUGGAUGAUUUUGAAACCAUGCUCAAUGGUUGAUGCGUGAUUGUUCUCUCUUGUUGUAAAGAUAAUGUUAUAAAUAUUAAAAGAAAGGAGGUUUGUAACUCUACAAUGUAUUUGAUUUCAUCUGUGUUUGUUUAAUUUGACGUUUUAUUCUGAUUAAAAGGCAGAUUUAUGGAACAGAAAUGCAUUUGAAUGAGUCUGCUGUAUGCAAUCAUAGAUUAGUCCUACAGAUUACUUUCAAACGUCCAAGUCGCUUUCUGUGCCGCUGAGAAGUUUAAAUAAACCGGACAUGUGUUAAAG